AUGCCCGCGGAACUGCAUACCACUCCAUCAAGGCGGUCAUAUUUUCAUUUUGAAAGUGACGACACCGACGCAGUGGAAGAUGUGAACUCGCUUACCUGGUGCCUCAAAGAUGUCUUCGACAUUCAGCCAACCGUGGUCAAGCUGGAAGCAACUGGUAAACAACCUGGAUUCACUCUAACGAUGACUGUCGACACCAUUAUCGAGAAAAUGAAAGCAUCUAGUAACCCACUACCGUCGCUGCUCAUUCUUGCGUACAUGGGGCACGGAAUGCUUGAUACCGGAACCGGCCUCUUGAAACUUGUUGCUGGCCCCGGCCGGCAAAACAUCCAAUGA